CCUGCCCCCCAGGCCUGCAUUGACGAGAACCUGGAGGUGGUGCAGUUCCUAGUGGAGAACGGAGCCGACGUGAACCAGGCAGACAAUGAGGGCUGGACGCCCCUGCAUGUUGCUGCCUCCUGCGGCUACAAGGAGAUCGCCCAGACUCCACUCCCCUCCCCAGGCGUCCUGACUUCUCUUCCCCCCCUGCUGCACAGGUUGCUUCUGCAGGCUGGUUAUGACCCCAACGUGCGGGACAAGGAUGGCUGGACCCCCCUGCAUGCGGCGGCCCACUGGGGGGUGGAGGAAGCCUGCCGCCUGCUGGUGGAGCAUCUGUGUGACAUGGACACCCUCAACAACGUGGGCCAGCGGCCGUUCGACCUGGCAGACGAGGACAUGCUCAGCCUGCUGGAGGAGCUGCAGAAGAAGCAGGAGGACCUGCGCAGCAAGAAGGAAGCUCACCUGAAGCAGGCGGUGAUCGAUACCAGCGCAGAGCAGCAGCCCGUGUACAGCGCCAAGCACAGGCGGAGCUCCGUGUGCCGCAUGAGCAGCCGGGAGAAGAUCUCGGUGCAAGACCAGUCCAAGGAGCGCAAGACCCUGGGCCCCAUUGUCCCGGAUGAGGAGAACAGCUCCGCCUCCGAGGGGGAGGAGCCGGAGAAACCCAUCGAGUCCACAAGGCCCCCCCCUCAGGAGACCAGCGGCUUGAAUGGGGUUGCCCUGCCCCCCGUCUCCCCUGCAUCGACGGGGCCCAAGUUCUCUGGAGGGCCGGCCCACAGCGCCGGAGUAUUUCAACAAGGAGCCACCAAGCGAACCUGGCCCGGUCCGGCCAACGCCCACCCGGCGAUAUUUCACCCUGCCAGACACAGAGCCAAGCGAGCGAGCUUGGAAGACGGUCUGCAGAUGAAAAUCGAUGUGGGUCCUGCCCCCAACCAGCUCCCCACUUCCAGCACAGACCCCCGUGAUCGUCGAAGAUCGUAUCAGACCCCUGUGAGGGAUGAGGAGUCGGAAUCGCAGCGCAAAGCCCGGUCGCGUCUCAUGAGGCAGUCCCGGCGAUCCACCCAGGGCGUCACCCUCACAGACUUGAAGGAAGCCGAGAAGACCAUUGGCCGAUCUGGGGACGCCAGGGCCCCCGAGCAGCGAAUCGGGGAGGACGGGAAGCGGGGCCGAGAAGGGGAGCAGCUGCUGGACACCAUGGACUCGGCCAGGCGAUGCCGCACAGCCAAUCCUGAGGGCUCCUCGGUGUAUCCCGUGAAUCCCAUCGUGGUGAACUCUCAGGCAAAGAAAGCGCCGGAGUCCGAGGGGCUGGGGAUGGGCUCCGAGGCGGAGGCCGAGCUGCGGAACCGACUCGCCGUGCGGGACCGCCGGAAAGGCCGGCGGGAACGACGCUCCACGGGCAUGGUGCAAAACGCAGAGGGCGACGAGACCGAGGAGCCAGAGCAGCUGAAUGACGCCGCCCCGGGAUCCAGCACUUCUGACCACUUGAACAGCCUCCUGCCCCACCGGACGGACGCCUACGGCUGCGCCAGGCUCAGCAGUGUGGGCAGUGCCAGAGACGAGCAUGAAUACAAAAAGCUCUAUGAAGAUCUCCAGGUGGAGAACGAGAAGCUGAAGGAGCAGCUGCAGGAGACGCAGCUGAAGCUGACCCAGAUCAAGCUGGAGCUGGAGCGGGUGACCCAGAGGCAGGAGCGCUUUGCCGAGCGGCCGGCGCGGCUGGAGUUGGAGAGAUUUGAGCGCCGGGCCUUGGAGCGGAAGGCGGCGGAGCUGGAGGAGGAGCUGAAGGCCUUCGGACCUGAAGGCCGAUAACCAGCGCACUGCAAAGCAGAACAUGAACGCG